CACCAAAAUAAAAAAAACACGACCUUACAGGUGGGUGCCAUACAUAUUUUUUUGUUUUUUCUAGAAUAAAAAAUGACAAGACCAUUAGUAUAUACACGAGAAGUACCACUAGAGAGUAUCUUUGAGUCGAUAAAAGAGCAAAUUCAGCAACUAGGUCCGGAUACAAACUGGAAGAUUUAUGUAGCGCCUUUAUCUCGUGAGGAAGCAGGAGAGGAAAGAGAGAAAGCUUCGGGCUCCAAUAGUAAUCCUACACCAUACCCUUGGGGAAAGGAAUCUAUAUCAGAAUUCUUCAAAUAUCACUUGAAUUUAGAAGAACAGUUAUCACAAUCGUAUCAAACAAUCAGUCAAUGUGAGAAACAAAUUUCGCGGCAAAGCAACAAACUUCAUAAAGCAGAAAUGGAGUCUGUACGUACUCACCUGGCCAUGAAAAACAUUUACAUUAUAAAACACGACGAGGAAAAGUUACACCAUUUGAAUCAGAUACGUAGUCAUGAGCUUCGAAUCGAACAAUUAAAUCAAAACCUGAAGAAUUUAUUAGCUGUAGUCAAAUCCCUUGAUCAAGUCCAGUUAUCACCCAACGAUCUAGAGUUGAGCAGGGAUAAGUUACUAAAGGAUCGACUUUGUUUGCUAAAAAAGUUAAAGGUAACUGAACUUCGUCUAGAAAUGAGAGAUGUUGAGUUACAAGCCAUACGUCAUAAUGGGCACGGAAAGUACGGUUCAAUAAAGAGACCCUCCUCCAUGCAUCAUAUUGCCCCCAAUCGUUGUAUGAUGGAUAAGAGCGUAUUAAAGAAGGUACCUUUGCUCAGUCUUGGGUCAUUAGCCGACAGUUUAUUAAAAUCCUCACAACCACAAAACGAAGUAAAACGCAGCCAUGUGCGUACGUUUGAGCCUCAAGAGACUCGAGUGCAUGAGAAACGUCGUGUGAUAGAAGAUAAUAAACGACCAAAAGCAAUCAAAUUGACUUACAAAGAUCAAUGGACAGCCAUUGAAGAUGAUGCAUUAUUUAAGAAGGUAGACUCUUAUGGAGAGAAUGAAUGGGAAAAAGUAUCAAAAGCAUUACCUUAUCGAUCCAGUGCUGAAUGCUAUCGACGUUAUCACCAACUGACAAGCUAAAAAAUGCUCCGCCGAAAAAAAAAAAAAAAAAAAAAAA